AUGAGCGGACAUUUCGCAUCCAUCCGACCGUCCCCGGAUGUCUUCUAUAAUCUCAUCGCGACCUCAGAUUUAACAGCCCUAAUGGAUGGUGGGGAUGCAGAGUGCGAGAAUUGUCACAGAAGGAAGAGCCAACUGAAGUUACAUGCAAAACAUCAUCAUUUCAGCACACAAUGCCGUAAAGUUCUGUGCGAUCUUUGCUUUGAGUACUUUAUCAGGAAUGGCAAGAUGCGCAAUCCUAAGUUGAAUGGCAUUCUGAGCGUACGAAGACAACUACAGCAGGACCGCAAGGCUGGUCAGCGCAUCGCUUGUACUAAAGGUGAUUGCAUGGCAGUCGAGCACAAAUCCGAUCUCAAGAAAUUUGUGGUCAGCAGUGUCACCUGAACCAUCAUGUGCCCUAAGUGCAAAGAUUUUGAGUCCCUUGUAUAUUGCCA